AUGGAUCAAAGGAUCAACGGUGCUUCGAGUGUCAAUACCGACACGCAUCCUCUUCACAUUGAGGUGCCAGUUGUGAGUACGCAGCAAGAAGCGCAGACAGGUCUCACGACGUCGGUUGGAUUUGCUCAAUCACCAUCUGAGCUGAUUGCUAGUCGAUCCACCAUGGGCGUGCUAGUGUCCGAUAGCUCGAUUAAUGACACAUUGGCACGACCCCAUAGCCGUGAGCAGCGCUCUCGCUCAGACACCGAGACCGACAGACGUACGCCUUAUGAUCUCUUCGUUCGUGGCUUUACGGAACGCAACAGCAGUGCAUCGGAAGAAUCUCCAACACGUUUGACUACAGCAUUGAGCACUCCCGUCAGUGGGGACGCCGUGACCUCUCGAUUGCUCCAGGCACUACCACAACUUGCAUUUGGUCAAUUUUUACAGGAUCUUAACAACCAGACACCGCCUUGGCGAGGCUUUGCUGGCGGAAGAACAGAUUUUAACGGCAAUGCAGCGCAAGAAGAUGAAACAGAGAGGACGCUACUCGAUCAAGAUGCUUAUACACUGAAUAUAAGUUCGGACACAUCUUCGAACACCAGAUCGGCAUCAGAAGAAGGAGUGGGUCAAAUGACUGCAUCAGAUAAUUCAAGAGAAAGUGACGGUACUUCAAUCGCUCAAGAAGGAAAUUUGACUCGAAAUUCAGACGAGGACGACGAUGAACAGACGGCAAUGGACGAGCUGCAGGCGAUUUUUCGACGGUGCCACAAUUCACUUCCAUUUAUCGCACUAUUUUUCAUCUACUUUGCGUAUCAACACGCAACAGGCAUUUUAGUCUUUGGUGUCGGUACAGUUGCAGUUAUGGGACUUGAUCAACGAUUGCGAGCGCAAGUUGCGCUUAAAGAUAAGGCUAACACGUGGCAUCUUGUUGGAAUUGUCGUUAUGUGUGCAAUCAAUAUGGUGGCGCUCUGCUCGGUGGAUGGCCAACGCAAUCCACUGCCUAUACUUCACUCUGAUGUUACGGAAGGUAGCAGCAGUCGCAAUGAAUUAAAAUCAUCUGGAGAAAUUUUUUGGCAUGUGCUUUGGACAGUACUUGUCAACGAUUUUCUAAUUCGAUUGUGGAGCGUUAUUGUGAAGGCCUUUGUGGCUGGUGCUAAGUCGGAUCGAGUUCUUUGUGAACGAAAGUACAGAGAGGAAGAACGAACUAGUGUGGAGCAACAUGCAUCAAUCAUCACAGUGGGCGAGGACGAGGACGAACGCUCGACGAUGGUCGCUCCGCUUGCACAAGACAAAGUGUCGACUGCUGCUUUUUACCGGAGAAAGCGAAAAUUGUACGGACUUAUUGAAAUGUGCUCUAUCUUUCUCCGGUCGCUACUCGCUAGUAUCCCGUGGUGCAGUCUCUACCAAGUCUGUGCAUCCAAAUUCAUGGCCGAUGUAUUCACGUUUGCUUACCUUGUGAUCAAGGGCUUGAUACUAGCAGCCCAAGGCCGACGUAUUAUUAUUCUAGCGCGCUCAUUUAAGAAGUUGGGACUCGAAUUUGGCGUGUAUGUGCCACACGAUGAAGUGGUGGAAUCUGGUUCGCCAGAUUGUUCAAUUUGCUACGAAAGAAUGCGUCAACCUGUCAAGCUCGCGUGCUCGCAUAUCUUUUGCGAAGAGUGCGUGACUGAAUGGUUUGACCACGAACGUUCUUGUCCUUUGUGUCGAGCUACUGUGGGUGGUACAUCAGACGACGCAAAUGUCAAGCCGAAAUUUUUAGAUGGUCGGACUAGUCUGGUGCCACAGCUUUUGUAG